AUGUCUCUACGCGCCCGCAAAUCAUCUCAGCAAGACGUCGUCACCGUUCCUCAAGAAUUCCUUGAUGCAACCUGCUAUUUUAUAACUCCAUCUGCAUUUGAUACGCUGCUACAAUGUACUACCAAUCAUCAAGCCACUUUUGCAUCGCAAUCCAAGGAAGCUAGCAUGUUAUCGCAGCCUCGACGACCAACGUUAUGGACGUCCCCUUCGCAUUUCUUCACCGGCUCGCUCGUCUGCACAGAUCCGCCGCUAGUGCUCGCCACAGGCAGUGCCGUGGACGUCUUGGAACGGGAUUGGCAAAACUACUUUGUCAUGCUCGACCUGAAUAAUGUCGCACCAUACGGACGACUCCCGUCCGUUUUCAGCACCAUUGCCUGCGUUCACGGCAUCUCAAAGUCUUACCCGAUUCACACUUUCGGAGAGACUAGCUGGAUUGUCAUUGAAUUGGAUCCCUUGCGAUCGCACAUUCCAACCCGUGCUCCUCGCGCGCACGGGAAAAUUCGCACUCGAACGAGGUCGAACAGCCUGCCGCCGUCGCCCUCUACUCCUCCGGACGACUCAUCAAAUUUCCCACUAUCCUCGUCCCCAAACAGCUCCGCCCAACCUCCAGAUAUGCACCCUUCGCAUUCCGUCUGCUUCGACAUCAAUCAAGCUUCUUCGACUCCCGUCAUGCCCUCAAGUUCCAUUCCACAUCCGUGGAGGGCGAGUGAUGGCCAUUCUUGUACGCGCACGACUUCAAUGCAUCUUCGCAACCAAGACACGUUUCCGAUCAGGCAUUCCACCCUAUUUAAUUACAACUCCAACUCCACUGAAGAAGCGCCCUGGAAGCUAGAGGAGGGUCUACUUGUCGCUAUCAAUGACGGAAAGCCAUGUCCCUCUGACUCGUGGGUCAUAGGGGCCGGUGGCAAGCUCUAUCUACAAUCCGAUAGGGAAUACGUCUUCACGCUAGCCAAUGGUCUAGCAGGAGACG